GAUGUGAAAAUAGUAUAGUGUAUAGUGAGAUAGUGAGUUUUGUGACCUAAAUUCUUACUUAUAAUUAUUGUGGAAUAUUACUUAUUUAAUCCAAAGAGUAUGUAAUCACUAAUCCUUCAAAAUUGAAAUAAAAGUAAAAAUAUAAUAUAUGAUUUAGAAUUAGUACAUAUUAAAAAUAUUUGUUAGAACUCUGCAGUUAAUUUGACAGAUGUUUGUAACCAUUAUUAACCUUUCGUCAUUGUGAAUAUAACGAAUAAUUGAUACCUACUAAACUAAAGUUUAUAAAAAUAAAAUAAACGCCAACGAAAUAAUUAUGGCAAAGGAAGAGGAAGACGACAAUUUGCCUGAUAAAGACGCAGCAAAGGAAUUCUACGCUAAGUAUGAGCCAAAAGAAAUAAUCGGAAGGGGCAUAAGCUCCACUGUCAGAAGGUGUGUAGAAAAAGAAACAGGAAAGGAAUAUGCUGCAAAAAUUAUUGAUCUCAGCCAGGAGUCACAAGAUGGUGUGGACACACACACAAUGCGGGAGGCAACUAAACAAGAAAUAAAUAUACUGAGAAUGGUGGCCGGACAUCCAUAUAUUAUUGAACUACAGGAUGUUUUUGAAUCUGAAACAUUCAUAUUCUUGGUGUUUGAGCUUUGCAAAAAUGGUGAACUGUUUGACUAUCUGACAUCAGUGGUGACACUCUCAGAAAAAAAGACAAGAUACAUCAUGAGGCAAGUUUUGGAGGGAGUUCGGUUCAUACACCGCAAGAACAUAGUACAUCGUGAUUUGAAGCCUGAGAACAUUUUGUUAGAUGAUCAGCUCAAUGUGAAGAUCACGGACUUCGGUUUUGCCAAGAUGCUCAAAGAAGGGGAGAAAUUAUUUGAGUUGUGUGGCACUCCUGGAUACUUGGCACCUGAAACAUUGAAAGCUAAUAUGUUUGAAGAUGCGCCUGGUUAUGGCAAGGAAGUCGAUGUAUGGGCAUGUGGAGUUAUUAUGUUCACAUUAUUAGUGGGUUGUCCACCGUUCUGGCAUCGGAAGCAGAUGGUGAUGCUGCGGAACAUUAUGGAGGGAAAAUACUCUUUCACCAGCCCCGAGUGGGCCGAUAUUUCAGAAGAUCCUAAGAACUUGAUCAGACGAUUUCUUGUCGUCGAUCCGAGUGAAAGGAUCGAAAUCGAUGACGCAUUGAUGCAUCCUUUCUUCAAUACAGUGCUAUGGGACCAGGACAUGACACCGCUGAAGAAGUCUUACUCCUGCGCCAGCCGCAAAAUGUCCAGGAUCGACGAGUUGGCUAUGGCAAUAAAGGCAAGCGGCUUCAAUGCGCGCGCCAAGUUGAGGCUAGCCAUGGUGACGGUUCGCGCGGCGGUGCGGCUGCGUCACCUGCCGCACACGUCCGCGCGCGCCAUACCGCUGUGCGACGCACUGCGGGAUCCGUACGCUAUGCGAGCGCUGCGUAAGGUCAUCGAUGGUUGCGCAUUCCGCGUGUAUGGGCACUGGGUCAAAAAGGGCGAGGGACAAAACCGCGCGGCUCUUUUCGAGAACACGCCCAAGACGGAGCUGAAGAGUCUCUAUGUCAGCAACCUGAGCCGAUAGCCAACGUGUCCGCACUACAGGCGAUCUCUUGCUGCUUCUGUUCUCCUAGUCACUCGGUGUCUGGGUGGCAGCAUCAUAGAAGACACGAGCCAAUACAGACGGCCCGAGCAAGUGUGUGUGACGUAGGUUAGUCUAAAGGCAAAUUUUAUAGUAUCCGUACUAGUUAAUUUAAUCGCGUCCUCUCUUAUUGUAUAAUUAUUAUGUAUUGUGUUACUCUGAGAGGACGCCUUACGUUUAUCUAAUAACGUAAGUAUUAUUGUAGUUAGCAAUCUCCUAAUUAGCAAUAAAUGCAAGAAUGCAAUAACUUUACUAUUGUAUUGUUGUUCUGAACAAAGAUUUUUAUGUAGUUGUAUCGGUAGUUUUGUAUAUUGUUUUAUUUUUAAAUUUAGAUUAAUUAUAAUAUAAAAAUAUGUAUAUUCUUUAGUAUUAUUGAAUUAAACGUACCUAUUUUUAAAUGAACACCACCAAAUAUUCAGGUGAAAUCAUCUCACCGAUAUUCUACGCAGUUUUUUUAUCGCGAGAUAUGCUUGCUUCACAAUCAUGCUUAAUAAAAAGCAAUGUAGUCUACGUAGACCUCAUGGAGCCCGGUUGUCUAGUAGAUGCCUAUUCACUCUUGCCUUGAAAAUAUUUAGGUUGUAGGUUGUAAAAUGUAAAGUGGAGAGAUCUAUUUGAACUCAAAAGUAAUUUUGUAAAAUUAAAUAUACAAAUAAAUAAACAAAGGGUCUGUUAAUAUAAUGUUUAACAUAUACAAUCUGUAUUACAAUUCUAUCUGUUAAAAAUACUGCUUAACUGAAUAUACAUAUUCAUCAUUGUAUUUCAUUGUAUUAUGAUGAAUAAAAUCAUAACCCUUCCUUUCGGCUUUGCCGUAGUCGGGUAAAAAGUGAAAGCAAACAUAAAAAAGUAGGUAAUUUAAUUAAAAAGACAGGAGUUUACACUUAAAAUGUUAUGAUACUGCUUAGUUAACAAAGGAUAUAUUUAUUCAAUGUUUCAGGAAAGAUGCAUAGCUUUUCAACAAUAUUUCUUUAAACAUUGUCAAUAUUAACAUUGAAAAGAAUUAAUUGAACCUUACAAUAAUAGCGAAAUUUGUACUAAUAUGUAAUAUAUUAAAUAUUUAUUUAUUUAAUAAAAAACAUAUGUUUUUAAA